AUGCGUUUCCAUGACUUUCAGCCACCGCUGUGUGCUGAGAUUCUAUCAGAAAUCGAUGCGCUUGGCUUUGACCACAUGACGCCUGUACAGGCAGCCACACUUCCAUUAUUUUUAUCCAAUAAAGACGUGUGUGUUGAUGCGUGUACGGGCAGUGGCAAGACAUUGGCGUUUGUGCUGCCGCUAGUACAACUACUUAAGACCAAGCUGGCAGACAGCAGUAUUACAGCGCCCCGUCAUGCUAACCUCACUAAGCUUGUAGCCAUGAUUAUCUCACCCACGCGUGAGCUGGCGCGUCAGAUUUUUGAGUGCGCAUGUAAGUUUUUUGCGAAUGUAUUACCUACAGUGCAUCUACUGCUGUUUGUGGGUGGUACGAGCGUGGACGAGGACUUGUCAAUGAUUCGAGGAGCUGUGGGUAAAUGCUCAGUGGUUGUUGGCACACCAGGAAGAACAGAGGACUUGCUGAAUCGCUGCGUGGGCUCCAGUGUCGAGACUCGCGAGUUUGAAAUGCUCAUUUUGGACGAGGCUGACACUCUACUGGAUAUGGGUUUUGAAGUGAGUUUAAACAAAAUACUGGAACACCUGCCUAAGCAGAGACGCACUGGGUUGUUCUCGGCCACACAAACCCAAGAGGUGAAGGCACUUGCACGUGCCGGGUUGCGAAAUCCGGCGACAAUCUCCGUGCAAGUAGCGAACAACACGCAGGUGACGCCGGCAACACUACAAAAUUAUUUCUGUCUUGCUGGACAUGAUCAGAGAUUAUCGGCGUUGCAUCACUUUGUGCAGUUAAAGAAGGGCGAGAAGCUGAUUGUCUUUUUUUUCGACUUGUGGAUGCCGCAAAAGAAGCGCACAGCGAAUUAUGACCACUUUUCGACGCUAAAAUCCGGACUUUUGGUGUGCACCGAUAUCGUCGCACGUGGCAUUGAUCUGCCUGAUGUGGAUUGGAUUGUGCAGUAUGAUCCGCCGCAGGAUCCAAACUUUUUGUGCAUCGCGUAG